AUGCUACAACUUCUAUCACAACAGGCAAGACUUCCAUUAGAUAAAUGUGGUAUAGUAAUCAAUCAGUAUAUUCUUUAUUAUCCUGAAAUGGCUAUAUUAACACUCGAUGACUUGAAAAAUCUCAAUACCGUAAUGGAAAAACGAUCCGUAAUCAUUCAUUUUGAUUGCAGUGCAUCCAUGAGCUUGAGAGGUUUCGAUCCUUUAGUUGAAACCAUUGUUCGAGUAGGUAGACAAUUAGAAAGUCAUGACAAUCGAGUGUAUGUAUCAUUAUUUGGUGAUAGUAAGCAACAGCGAAUUCAUGCAAACUUUCAUGGUCGAUUACUUACCUUAGAAGAAUUCUCUCAGGGAAACUAUCGACCCAAUGGUGAUGCUACAGAAUUUCGUCCAUCUCUUACACGAACACAAAACUUUCCUACACCUUACGAUACUAUCAUUGUUUCCGAUGGUGACUUUACAGAUCAACAUACUCAAUUUCCUCUUCAACCACAAUGCCAUACUGUGUUUUUCGUUGCGCCACCAUGGUCACCAUCGGGUGUUGAACAGCGCCAUGCUCAAGCACUAACCUCAUGUGUUCGUGCUAAUGUUCCAUAUAUCGGUAUUGCUUCCGUAAGAUACCCACAAUUGGAAACAAUUAUCGGAGGAUUUCUUCGCGACCAACAAUUUUCCGUCUAUCUAGCCGAUUUUGUUCAUAUUAGUGGGUAUGCCAUUCCACAGAAUCUUCUCGCGCCAACUCGAAUGAUUCAGGUGUUCAACAGUUGA